CGUUUUUCAAUUGAGGACAGACACAGUGUGUGUGUAAAUAACCAAGCAAAAGUCGCAAAAGGCUGGAAGUGGAAAGUUGCGUACGUCUGAUAGUUGUAGAAAAAUCCCCAAAAUCAAUGAGAAACACCCUCUCUCGUUCCAUAUAUAUUCCCAAUCCAUUCGCUACCUCUUUGCCUCAAAACCCUAACCUCGCUGAGCUUGAUUGUUGGUGUACUGAAUGGUCUACUGAUGAACAUGAACUAGACACAAGAAUUUGACUUGAACGACUGGAUGCUACUUGUUUUCCUCUGUUUUAGGAAAAGUUAAAAAUAUUCUGAUGGGGGCUAUAUUCAGCCUUAAUAGUACCAGGGGCAGGACGGGUGAAUUUUAUGAGGUUUCCCAGAGUGAAACCUGUAAGAGGCAAAGGACAUCAAACUAUUUUGAUGAAAAGCCACGACUAAUUCCCAGCCUUCCUGAUGAGUUAUCAAUCCAGAUUCUUGCCAGGCUUCCUAGAAUUUGCUACUUGGAUGUGAAAUCAGUGUCACGGAGUUGGAAGGCUGCCAUAACGAGUCUCGAGCUUUAUAAGAUAAGAAAAGAACUUGGAACAGCUGAAGAGUGGCUUUAUAUAUUGACGAAGGUUGAUGAUGAUAAACUUAUGUGGUAUGCUUUGGACCCACUGUCCAGGAAAUGGCAAAGGUUGCCACCAAUGCCUAAUGUUACUGCAGAAGAUGGAUCUAAAAGGGGCUUAUCAGGCCUUCGGAUGUGGAAUAUGGUGGGAUCGAGUAUCAAAAUUGCAGAUGCCAUAAGGGGCUGGCUUGGAAGGAAGGAUGCAUUGGACCGAAUGCCAUUUUGUGGUUGUGCUAUUGGGGCUGUUGAUGGCUGUCUCUAUGUGUUAGGAGGAUUUUCUAGAGCGUCAGCAAUGAGCUGUGUCUGGCGGUAUGAUCCGAUUCUAAACUUGUGGAGUGAAGUGAGUUCCAUGUCUGUAAGUAGAGCCUAUUGCAAGACCGGUGUCUUAAGCAACAAGCUAUAUGUUGUUGGAGGGGUUAGUAGGGGUCGUGGUGGAUUGACUCCCCUUCAAUCUGCUGAAGUAUUUGAUCCUCAUACUGGUUUGUGGUCCGAUGUCCCAAGCAUGCCAUUUUCAAAAGCUCAGGUGCUACCAACUGCUUUUCUGGCUGAUUUGCUUAAGCCCAUUGCAACAGGAAUGACAUCGUACAAGGGGAAAUUAUAUGUGCCUCAGAGUUUAUAUUGCUGGCCAUUUUUUGUUGAUGUUGGAGGAGAGGUUUAUGAUCCUGAAACAAAUUCAUGGGUUGAAAUGCCAACCGGCAUGGGAGAAGGUUGGCCUGCAAGACAGGCGGGAACCAAAUUGAGUGUCAUUGUUGACGGCAACUUGUAUGCAUUAGAUCCUUCUAGUUCUUUGGAUAGUGCCAAGAUCAAAGUGUAUGAUUACGAAGAUGAUUCCUGGAAAGUAGCUGCUGGAGAUGUCCCCAUCCGGGACUUUGCUGAUUCAGAGUCUCCAUAUCUACUUGCUGGUUUUCUUGGGAAGCUUCACGUGAUCACCAAAGAUGUCAGCAACAACAUUUCAGUCAUGCAGGCAGAUAGACAAAAUAACUCAGGUUCUUUCCCAUCUACUUCAUCAACCCUUUUGGAUGAAUCCUCCCAUGAACUUCCUGAAUCAGUAGCAGGACCUGAAACAAAUGUCUGGAGGGUCAUUGCCACUAGGAGUGCUGGUUCGGCGGAGCUGGUUAGCUGUCAGAUCCUUGAUAUCUAGAACUAUGUCAUUAGAAUGUUACUCUCUUUGAUGUCUUUCAAUGUUGAAAAACUAUACAUUGUAAGUCAGUUGACAUCACCACUAUCUGAGUUUUAUGACUUUCUUGUUGCCAGAAGUAUUUAUGAUGUUUUGGAGUAAUGAUAUAUAUAUGUAAGUAUUGAUUUAUAA